AUGUUACUCUCCCGGUUAGAACAGUGGACUUCUGGCAAUCUUCUGGGUCUUUGGUCUGAGGCUAGACUUGAUGCUGAUUCCAGAAAGUCGAUCUUUCCCAAGUCUUCUUCUGUUGAGCAAGCCAACCGAAAACGAGCAUUAGCUUAUGCCAGAGAGGGUCGUUACCGAGAAGCUAUGCGUUCUCUUGGCUCUUUGGGUACUGUCAAUCCCAACAACAAGAAGGCUCAUGAAGAAUUACGUCAGCGUCACCCUGCUCACGCUGUGCCAGGUCAUACUGAUGAGAUUCCUUCUCCUCUGUCUGCCAGUUUGGAUGCAGUUCUAGCUGCCCUUCAAUCUUUUCCUCGUGGUUCCAGUCCUGGUGCUUCUCAAUUGAAUUCUCAACAUUUGCUUGAUGCUAUUGGUACAACAACACCCUCAGCCAAGCAUUGUCUGGAGAACUUGACAUGCUUGAUUAACUUUCUUCUUUCUGGUCGUGCAGACCCCAGAAUAGCUCCCUGGUUGUGUGGAGCUCCUCUUACUGCUCUGCUGAAGAAGCAAGGUGGCAUUCGCCCAAUAGCAGUUGGUGAGGUUCUGCGUCGACUAAUCAGUCGCUUAUGCUGUUCUGCUGUGAAGGCAGACUUGCCAGAUACUUUUUUGCCUUAUGGUCAGGUUGGAGUUGGGGUCCCAGGAGGUUUAGACGCUGCCAUACAUGCUCUGUCUAGUUGUAUAGCACGCUAUGGGUCGGAUCCUUCUCUUUGUUGCCUCAAAAUUGAUAUGACAAAUGCUUUCAAUGAAUGUUCUCGCGUUUCAUUUUUGGGUCGUUUACACAAAGAGUUUCCAGCCCUUUUUGGAUGGUCAUCAUGGUGUUAUCACUGCGAAAGUAUGCUAUCCUUUGGCUCUUCAUGGAUUAAGUCAUGCGCAGGAGUGCAGCAAGGGGAUCCCCUUGGGCCACUUCUUUUCUCCUUAGUUGUUUUAGAGUUCUUGGAUGAGUUGGGGCCAUUAGCUGAUUUCAAGCUAAAGGUAUGGUAUUUGGAUGACGGAUUGUUCGUAGGUUCGCGUUCUUCAGUAGCUGGGCUGUUAGACCUCUUAAUAUCCAAAGGUCCCUCUUUUGGUCUGCAUGUCAAUUUGAAGAAAUGUGAAAUAUUCUGGCCUUCGGGUGAUCAGGAAUUCCCUGCUUUCGCACCUGAAAUUCAGCGAAGUGUUAAUAUCUAUGGUGGUAUUGACUUUCUUGGCUGUCCAGUAUACGGACCUGACUCCUAUGUUUGUGAGUUUGUUUCCCAACGUGUGGACAGGAUUUUGAACUGGCAGGAUCGUCUGUCAGCUUUGGAGGAUCCCCAAGUGGAGCUUCAUCUCCUGAGGAGUUGCUUGAGCCUCUGUAAGCUGAAUCAUAUCAUCAGAACUGUUCCUGGCUGCAGGAUUGACGAAGUGUUGUUACGUUUUGACAGAGGGCUUCAUCAUAGCUUGGAGUCUUUGUCCUCUUCCUCUAUCUCUGAUUUGCCAUGGAGACAGGCUACACUUCCUACUCGUUUAGGUGGUCUCGGUCUACGUGAGGCUCACAGAUCUUCCUCUGCAGCCUUUGUCGGUAGUUGCAACUCCUCUCGGACUUUGUCUCUCCGCCUGCUCUUCACUCCUUCAAUGCCAUUUUCUCCACCUGAUGGGUCAGAUAGUAUGUCUCCUACUUCCGUUUUCCCUGGCGAAUUGGAAUGUCGGCAGUGUUUGGCGGAUCUUUUACCACCUAAUAGUACGGCGCUAUCUGUUAAUUCCACGCAACAUUCAAUUCAACGAGCUUUAGAUGACGCUUUGAAAUCCAGCGUUAGGUCGUCUCUUUGUAGUUUGCGAGAACAAGCGCGUUUUAAUGCUGUCACAUUUCCUCAUGUGGGGGCUUGGUUGAGGGCAAUCCCUAACCCAAAUCUUAGCCUGGCCAUGUCCCCGCGUGAAUUCGUGACUGCUUUGCGUUUGCGCUUAGGAGUUCCAGUGUUUUCACCUCCCCCACGUUCAAUUCGCUGUGUCUGUGGCCAUAUUUUAGAUGUCUUUGGUGACCACGCACUUGGCUGUAGCAGCUCUCUGCGAAUCAGACGACAUGACGCCUUAUGUGACACCGUCUAUCACUGGUUGCUUGUGGAUAAUUCUGGGGUACGAAGAGAGCAGCGGUGUUCUUCUCAAUCCAUGGACAGACCAGGUGAUGUUUUUCAUCCCGACUUCUCUAACGGAAAGGCUGCUUAUUUUGAUAUCUCAGUGCGAAAUUCAUUUUCUCCCUCACAUGUCAUCAAUGCAGCUGUAAAGACUGGUGCUGCUGCUCAAGCUGGGGAAAUGGAGAAAGACGAACGCCACGACUCAAAUGUUUCCUCGUAUGGUUGCUUGUUCUAUCCUUUGGUUGUUGAGUCAUAUGGAGUCUGGUCAGAACAUAGUCUUGAACUGCUGAAGUCUAUUGCCAAGAAGUCUACUCUGUCUACAGGUCACAGUUUCAGCCGAGCUAUUACUAACCUUCAUGAACAACUGUCUGUGAAACUGUGGCAAUACAACUCUCGCAUGAUAACUGAACAUCUAGAUGUUUUGUCUGUAGCAAGUGUUUGUAGUGGUGUUUCUCAGUAGUGUUCCGUCCAUUGGGCGGUUAUAAACAAAUAGCUAUUAU